UCGCUAGAAAAAGAAGGUCGAGGUCGCUGAGGUCCCUUCGCGCUAGCACGUCCCGGAGCGCCUGUCUGCAGCAACCGUCUCCUCAGUGGGGUUUUACGUUGCCAAGAACUACCCUUGGGCACAUCUCUCCCAUUCGCCGCGAACAUCCUCCUCUUUCCUCCAGCAACUCUCAACACAACUACUCCCAAAGAUGGCUGAUAACGGUCCCCCCACGACCUCUGGUCAGCUUCCGCCGCCGCCGCAGCCCAACGCGGGCGCGCCUGGUUACGAGAACGGCCAGAACUCGGGCUCCAACCCGUCGCACAUUCCCCCCCCGCCUCUGCAUAUUCCGCAGAACACGAACCCGAUCCCGACCGCAAUCACUUCGCCGAUGGGAGGUGGCGGCGACAAGAGCGGCAUCAUGUCUCCCGGCAGUGGUGCUCCCUUCGGUCGCCGCGCUGCCCCGGAACCCAACAAGCGUGCGCUGUACGUUGGUGGCUUGGACCCGAGAGUCACUGAGGAUGUCCUGCGUCAAAUCUUCGAGACCACCGGCCAUGUCCAGAGUGUCAAGAUCAUUCCGGACAAGAACGCCAAGGGCUACAACUACGGUUUCGUUGAAUACGAUGACCCCGGUGCCGCCGAGCGUGCCAUGCAAACCUUGAACGGCCGUCGUGUUCAUCAAUCGGAGAUUCGCGUCAACUGGGCUUACCAGUCCAACAACAGCAACAAGGAGGAUACCUCGAACCAUUUCCAUAUUUUUGUCGGCGAUCUCUCCAACGAGGUGAACGACGAGGUUCUUUUCCAGGCCUUCUCCGCCUUCGGCUCCAUCUCCGAAGCUCGUGUCAUGUGGGACAUGAAGACUGGCCGCUCCCGUGGCUACGGCUUCGUCGCUUUCCGCGAACGCGCGGAUGCCGAGAAGGCCCUGAGUUCCAUGGAUGGCGAGUGGCUCGGCUCCCGUGCCAUCCGCUGCAACUGGGCCAACCAGAAGGGUCAGCCGUCGAUAGCACAGCAGCAGGCUAUGCAACAGAUGGGCAUGACCCCGACCACCCCCUAUGGUCACCACCACUUCCCUACCCACGGCGUUCACAGUUAUGACAUGGUCGUCAACCAGACGCCGGCUUGGCAGACCACCUGCUACGUUGGCAAUUUGACCCCCUAUACCACCCAAACCGACAUCGUUCCGCUGUUCCAGAACUUUGGUUUCGUCGUCGAGUCCCGUUUCCAGGCCGACCGCGGUUUCGCCUUUAUCAAGAUGGAUACCCACGAGAACGCCGCCAUGGCUAUUUGCCAGCUCAAUGGGUACAACGUCAAUGGCCGCCCCCUCAAGUGCAGCUGGGGCAAGGACAAGACACCGAACCAUCAUCAGCAGUUUGACCCCCACCAGCCAUACAGUCCCCAGAGCGCGCAGACCCCUGGUUAUCCCGGCACUCCCUCGACCUACUUCAACCAGUAUGGUGGUGGUAGGUGCUCCCGUGAAGCGCUUGCUCCGGGCUCGGUGGCUAAUGUUUGCACAGGUUCUUACGGCCCAGGCCAACAGCCAGGCUACGCUGGACCUCAGGCUCAGUCGCCGGCUGCAUACGGCGCCCAGCCCAUGGGUUACAGCGGUCCCCCGAGCGCCGGCGGCUACGGCCGUGGUCAGCAGUCUGGUGCGCAGUGGAACCAGCCUCCGCCGGGCCAGAGCUUUAACAAUGGCUUUUCUGGCUAUCAGGGUUAGAAAUCCAGACAGCAAGGCCGUCGCUGAUUGUGCCACCUGCAGACCGUUCUCGACCUUACAUCGGCUCUCCCACCCAGGCCUGCACUGAUGCUGGAGCGUUACAAUUUCUUCCAACGACGGGACGUCUUUUCAUGAUCUGAGAAACCUUUCUGGCGGUCAUUCGAGUUGAUUUUCGGGAAUCUGGUCGGGAAAUUGAGCGUCUUUGCUUCUUCCAUUGA